UUUUCAAAUCUGCAGCAGCGUGGUUUAAGAUUAAAUCAACGUAUUAAAACAUUACUCGGAUCCUGAGUAACAGGAGUAGAGUCAAUACAGCGCUAUGAAGAUCUAUGAAAUUUAGCCCGCAUUGUGACUUGUCUUCUAGAGAGUAGAUUUAGUGUUCAUUCUUCUGCAAUGGUUAAUUCACGCAGAAAAUUAGUAUUUAAAGUUUACAUAAGAUUUUAUUAUGCAGCAAUCAUCCUACUCGAAAUAUGCUUUUGUUCUCAGUUCUCAAUGCCAUCUAGUGAUCAGUUCAGUAAGGACCCUGGGGCUCUCCCGGUAGCCACCAACGGGGAACCAUUUCCUUGGCGUGAGCUAAGGCUCCCCAGCAUGGUCAUUCCCAUCCACUACGACCUUUCUGUCCAUCCAAAUCUCACCUCUCUGGACUUUGUUGCAUCUGAGCAGAUUGAAGUCUUAGUCAGAGAUGCCACCCAAUUUAUCAUCUUACACAGCAAAGAUCUUGAAAUCACAAAUGCCACCCUUCAUUCAGAGGAAGAUUUGAGAUACAGGAAACCAGGGAAAAGGCUGAACGUUUUGAGUUAUCCCGCUCAUCAACAAAUCGCUCUGCUGGUUCCAGAGAAACUUCUGGCUGACCUGAGAUACUAUGUGGCUAUUGACUUUCAGGCCAAGUUAGCUGAUGUUUUUCAAGGGUUUUAUAAAAGCACGUACAGAACUCUUGGUGGUGAGACAAGAACAAUUGCAGUAACACAUUUUGAACCAACCGAGGCACGAACAGCUUUCCCUUGCUUUGAUGAACCACUAUUCAAAGCCAACUUUUCAAUCAAGAUAAGAAGAGAGAGCAGGCACAUUGCACUAUCCAACAUGCCAAAGGUUAAGACAAUUGAACUUGAAGGAGGCCUCUUGGAAGAUCAUUUUGAAACAACUGUGAAAAUGAGUACUUACCUUGUAGCCUACAUAGUUUGUGAUUUCACGUCUGUGAGCGGGACAACCUCAUCAGGGGUCAAGGUGUCCAUCUAUGCAUCCCCAGAGAAAUGGAGUCAAACUCAUUAUGCUUUGGAAGCAUCAUUGAAGCUGCUUGAUUUUUAUGAAAAUUACUUUGAUAUCAACUAUCCACUCCCAAAACUGGAUCUAAUUGCCAUUCCUGACUUUGAAGCUGGAGCCAUGGAAAAUUGGGGCCUCAUCACAUAUAGAGAGACGUCAUUACUCUUUGAUCCCAAGACCUCUUCUGCUUCUGAUAAACUGUGGGUCACCAGAGUCAUAGCCCAUGAACUAGCACACCAGUGGUUUGGCAACCUGGUUACAAUGGAAUGGUGGAAUGAUAUUUGGCUCAAUGAGGGUUUUGCAAAAUACAUGGAACUUAUCUCUAUUACUGCUACAUAUCCAGAGCUACAAUUUGAUGACUAUUUUUUGGAAGUGUGUUUUGAAGUAAUUAAAAGAGAUUCAUUAAAUUCAUCCCAUCCUAUCUCCAAUCAAGCAGAAACUCCUACUCAAAUACAAGAAAUGUUUGACAUGAUUUCCUACAACAAGGGAGCUUGUAUAUUGAAUAUGCUCAAGGAUUUCCUAAGUGAGGAGAAAUUUCAGAAAGGAGUUAUUCAUUACUUAAAUAAGUUCAGCUAUAGAAAUGCUAAGAAUGAUGAUUUAUGGAGCAGUCUGUCAAAUAAUUGUUUAGAAGGUGAUUUAACAUCUGCUGGAUUUUGUUAUUCUGAUUCCAAGAGGACAAGCAGCAUGCUCACCUUUCAGGGGGAAAAUGUGGAGGUCAAAGAGAUGAUGGCUACGUGGACUCUGCAGAAAGGAAUUCCCCUUGUGGUUGUUGAGCGAGAAGGGCGUUUGCUCCGACUGCGACAGGAGCGCUUCCUGGGCGGGGUGUUUAAAGAGGACCCUGAAUGGAGGGCCCUGCAGGAAAGGUACCUUUGGCAUAUUCCAUUGACCUACUCCACGAGUUUCUCUAAAGCAAUUUACAGACACGUUCUAAAAUCAAAGACAGAUACUCUAGGUUUACCUGAAAAUACCAGUUGGGUGAAAUUCAACAUGAACUCAAAUGGCUACUACAUCGUUCACUACGAGGGGCAUGGAUGGGACCAACUCAUUGCACAGCUGAAUCAGAACCACACACUUCUCAGACCUAAGGACAGAAUAAGUCUGCUUCAUGAUGCAUUUCAGCUAGUAAGUGCAGGAAGAUUGACCAUAGACAAAGCCCUCGACCUGACUCGCUAUCUCCAACAUGAAACGAACAGCCUUGCACUUCUCAAAGGUCUGGGAUACUUAGAAUCGUUUUACCGCAUGAUGGACAGAAGGAAUAUUUCAGAUGUCACUGAAAACCUCAAGCAUUACCUUCUCCAGUAUUUUAAGCCCGUGAUUGACAGGCAAAGCUGGAGCGACGAGGGCUCCGUCGGGGACAGGAUGCUCCGCUCAGACCUCCUGAGGCUGGCCUGCGACCUGAACCACGCUCCUUGCAUCCAGAAGGCAGCUGAACUCUUCUCUCAGCAGAUGGAAUCCAACGGAAAAUUAAAUAUCCCAACAGAUGUUUUGAAGAUUGUGUAUUCUGUGGGUGCUCAGACAACAGGAGGAUGGAAUCACCUUUUAAAGAAAUAUGAACUGUCAGUGUCAGGUGCUGAAAGAAACAAAAUUCUGUAUGCACUGACAACCAGCAAAGAUCAGGAAAAGUUAAUGAAAUUAAUCAAACUAGGAAUGGAAGGAAAGACGAUCAAGACACAGGACUUGGCAGUUCUUCUUCAUACCAUUGCUAGAAAUCCAACAGGGCAGAAAUUAGCCUGGAAUUUCGUAAGAGAAAAUUGGGCCCAUCUCCUUAAAAAAUUUGACUUAGGCUCGUUUGCUGUGAGAAUGAUCCUCUCUGGCACAACAUCUCACUUUUCUUCCAAGGAUGAGUUGGAAGAGGUGAAACUGUUCUUCGAGUCUCUUAAAGCCCAAGGAUCACAUCUGGAUGUUUUUCAAAUUAUUCUGGAAACCAUAUCAAAAAAUAUUAAGUGGCUGGAGAGGAAUCUUCCCACUCUAAGGACUUGGCUGCUGGUUAGGACUUAAAUAAUCAAGAGAAAGAGCACAUCAGAUGCAUGAAAUUGGCAAAGUUCAUGUCAAAAUUCCAGAUAUUUUGUCUAAUAAGU